UGGCCCCUUAUGUUCCCGUGAAGCCCUAAUUGCCCCUUCUCUUUGGAGUCUUCGCCAUCGCCCCGUGAACCCCCGUAAUCCUCUGCGGCGCCUCAAGCUGCUGCGGAUUUUCCAGCCAUGGUGGAACGCAAGGGAGAGCGCGUCAGGUUGUACGUCCGGGGGACCAUCCUCGGGUAUAAGAGAUCGAAGUCUAACCAGUACCCUAGCACCUCACUCCUUCAGAUUGAAGGUGUGAAUACUUCUGACGAGGUUAACUGGUACCUCGGAAAGAGGUUGGCCUACGUCUACAAGGCCAAGACUAAGAAGAAUGGAUCUCAGUUCCGUGUCAUCUGGGGCAAGGUUGCUCGCGCUCACGGAAGCAGUGGAGUUGUCCGCGCCAGAUUCCGGAGCAAUCUUCCUCCCUCAUCGUUGGGUGCCAGAGUGAGAGUGUUCAUGUACCCCAGCCGCAUCUAGAAUGGAGCUCUUGGAUAAGAAGGAUUCAAUGGAUUUCAGCAAUACGUCUUAGUAGAAUCAAGUUGUCAGACACUCUAAAACAUUCAACGACGGUUAUGAAUACGAGGAUGUUGUUAUUGUUUUCUUCUUUGAAGGAAGUUCAAUACAUUCACAUUUGCAGCA